AUGAGGGAGCCAUUGUCGAUGUAUCAGCGACGCUUUGGUGAUAGAAGAAUGCCACUGCCCCUCAUUAAAACAUACAUUCGUGCUCUUCUUACGGGGCUUGACUAUCUUCACAAACAAUGCAGGACAGUUCAUACGGGUAAGUUCAUCUUCGACCUCUCUUCUCCUCGUGAUACUGAGCCCAGGCGGCGGCUAGAUUUAAAGCUUGAAAACAUCAUGGUCUCAUUCGAGGAUCCAACCGUGCUUGCUGAUUUCUUGGAGUCUCAGCUGGAAAAACCAAUGGCUUUCAAGAUUGAUUCGACGGGACGACCAGUGUAUCAAUCCCGUAGUGACUUCGGGCCACUCAAAAGCCUGAGAAGUAUACCACAGCUUGUCGACUUUGGCUUGGCAACCAGACACGAGGAAGACGACGACUGGGGCGUCUGGCCUAUUCAGCCAGACCACUAUCGGGAGCCAGAGGUGAUACUGGGUAUUGGAUGGCAAAUGCCUGCGGAUAUUUGGAACCUUGGUGUUCUCGUGCGUCCCGUUGUCCUUUAG